CCGAGGCUGCAGCAGCUCUGAUCAAAACUGAUACUGAGUCUUCUGCCUUGAAGUCAACAACCGAAAAAGAGAAAGCGAGCUUGUGCUGACUUCCCACUUUCCUUUCCUCUUAUCCCUGUUAACCUUCGGGCUGCAAAACACGAAGGCUUGCAGGAGGCAGCUCUGCUGCUGGGCCCGGCCCCCAGCAGCCAGGGCGGGACGGGGUGGCCCCUCAGGAGCUGGCCCCGGUGGCGGUGGUGGCAGCGGGCCAUGAUCGUCGUCUCCAUCCCUGCGGCGGAGCCCGAGGCGACAGCGCGCAGCCCCGAGAAGGCGCACACGGUGUUCCUGGUGGAGGUGCUGUGCAAUGGCCGGCGGCACACGGUGGCGAAGCGCUACAGCGAGUUCCAGGCACUGCACAAGCGGAUCAAGAAGACCUGCAAGGUGCCCGACUUCCCCCCGCGGCGGGUCCCCAACUGGGUGCCCAAGGUGCUGGAGCAGCGCCGGCAGGGCCUGGAGCUCUACAUCCAGGGCGUCCUGUGCCGCAACAAGGAGCUGCCCCAGGACGUGCUGGACUUCCUGAAGGUGCGGCGCUGCCAGCAGGACCCCAAGGGCAGCAGCCCCCUCACCAGCCACCCGCCCUCUCAGCGACCUGUCCUUGGCUUCCACACCGACCCCUACGUGCGGCUGCCAGUCACGGAUGCGCUCCCCGACACCGUGCUGAGCGGGGUGCUGCAAGGCCUCUACGCCCCGUGGAGCUGCUGUCCCCGAGCAGCUGUGUGCCAGGGGCAGCCGGGCUCCUGAGCACCCCCAGCAUGGAGGGCAGGGCCGCGGUGGUGUCACGUAAAGGAUCUUGGCAGUAACACCUUGCCUACAGAGUGAGCACUGAAGGGAGCAAGUGAGAGAAGCCCCACCACAGCAACUUUCCAACGUGCCUUAGUGUGGUGUGCAGGAGCUCGCUGUCGGGGUUGUGGGAGAAGCUUUGGGGGGUUGAACUGUGCUGAGAAAAACUCUGAGCACCUGGGCUUCUGUGCAAUAAAACACUGUGGUUCCAGUGGCCAAA